AUCGGGGAGCAUACUUAAGCAGAGUUGCGAGAAAUUGAGUGAUCGUCGCAGCGCAAUUGAGAAGCAUCGAUGGGACCUGGCUGACAACGCGAGCAGUGUGUUUGACAUGGGGGCCGAAAUGUUUUCUCCGAUUGGAACACGAAGGAAGCGUAUGAAAUGCGGACUGAAUGUCGCUUGGAUUGCACUCAUUCAUAGGUAUGCACGUUGAACAGAUGAUAUUCAUGAUCACGAAAGCAGUCGUAGUGGGUCCUUCCUGUAGGGGAGACUUUCGGCAGAUCCAGGCAGGCAAGUAUUCGGCGACGAUCUCUCUUGACUCAUUGUCAGAAACGACGAAAGUCGAGUGAGCGUUCGUGUCUGAAUGGGCACUUGCAAGCAAAUUUUGGUCUUUAAUGGCAGUGAAUGACUCUGCCUUAGUCCAAUUUAUGAAGAAAACGCGUCUGACACGUCUUUGAAACGCGUUUCUGCUGCGUUCCAGUUAGCUGACGGCUACUUGUCGAUUUGUCUGAACAUGUCGUCCAUGAGACGUGAAGCCGCGCCAUCACCAGACCAAUUUGCAAGGGAUUUAGCGGUACCGAUGUGUAGGGCGUCCACAGCCAAGAAGAGAUCGCGAACAGGAAGAUACCAGGAAAUGAAGAGUAGUGGGCGGCGCUUCCACCCGACGUCAUCAAUUGAUGCCGUCGGAGCAGGAGCCGAGCCGUUCAAGUCUUGAAUACCACUGCUAGCAAGGAAUAGCUGCGGAGCUGGAUGUACCGGAGAGUUCUGCCCGUGUCUCACCAUUAUUUAUAACUCUGCACUGUGCAGAUGCCCGUCUGUCCGGAUAGGACCAAGAGCGUUCAUACUCAUGGAUCAAGGGCAUUCGCGAAGUUGUAUUAGUAUUAGUAUCAUGUCUUUUGGACCUAUUUAUAUGGGAUGGUAGCGCAUGAGCAGGGGCCUCAUUAGUAAUUCAUGCAUUCGGUCGAUGAACGUCGGACAGAGAUUCCGAAAACCGUACGUCAUGAGCCAGUACCCUCCGUGCUCAGUGGAAACGAGGGCCUACGCAGGAUCAUGGCCAUACAUCGGGGGUGACUGCGACUGGAACGUGAAUUGUCGACGCGCCGGAAGUAACCUUGAAGCUCAAGACCCCGGCUUGGACUUCAAACUUUGAAAUCCGGUCCCAUUGCUGACGAUACGUCGCCUUCAACACGACUGCAGUUUGCCUUGAUCAAGAAGCUAUAAGCUCAGUACUUGGAGAGCGCCUGCAUAGUACAGCAAGCAAUCGAACAGUCCAGCAUGUGAUAGGCGAGACCAGCGGUGUCACUUUUUGCAACACCGGCUGUUCCUCAUUGGGACCGCACCGGUAAUCUACCUACUUGCACACCCGCUGACCAAGCCUCCAUCUCUCGCUCCUCGAUCAUACAGCUCUUCCACCGAGUGCGGUGACAGCCACCGCACAUAUCACUUCCACUCCAGAGGGACACCGUUCUCAGAAGCGAUGCUGCCCAGUUCAAUGGCACAGCCAGACCGCAUCCCUGCACCUCGUUUCUAUUUGCUGCACGAGGCAGUCAUAUCAGCGGACUCAGGAUGAAGCGUAUCGGCCGACCACGGCACGCCGUCACCAUCUCGAGGAUUCAUCGAGGGCACGGCCUUACCCCACACCCGGGACCCGGGCACGCAUGUCGACCGCUGCUGCAAACGUACACACUCCAGAGACACAACGGACUCUCGCGGCAUCGUCUCACACCAAUGAAACUGCAGAACCGGUGAAUCAUGAACCCUUCGAUAUCGAGCAUAUGCCGGUGGAGGAUGAUCCAAGGGCUUGGUCGCCGUUUCGCAAGAACGUCGUAUUCUCGCUUAUAGCGUCUGCGUCUCUGAUUGCAGGCUUGGCAGCGAAUAUCCAGAAUCCGGCUAUUGCGGACAUGGAAGCAGAACUGCAUGCGACUGUGUCUCAAGUCAGUUUAUCCAUCAGUCUGUUCAUCCUUAUCCAAGGAUUCAUGCCGCUGGUUUGGACGGCCAUCAGCGAGAUAUACGGCCGGAGGAUUGUCUAUGUGACCUCUCUGGCUAUCUUCACCGUGGCAUCGGUGAUUGUUGCAACGAGUAAAACGAUAACACUUGUCAUUGUGUUCCGGUGUUUCCAGGCCAUGGGAUCGAGUGCUGUUAUGGCCAUCGGUGCAGCGACACUGGCAGACAUCUUCGAUCCGGCUGAACGAGGAACAAAGAUGGGAAUCUACUAUAUAGCUCCUCUCCUUGGGCCCAGUCUCGCACCGAUUGUGGGAGGUGUACUAACAACGGGGUUCAAUUGGCGGGCGCCCUUCUAUUUCUUGGUGAUUGUGUCGGGAUCCAGCUGCGCUUCUAUUGCACUGUUUUUCCGAGACACGUUCCGCCGGGAGCGCAGCUUGACCUACCAGAGCGUGCUGAAGAGACGAUUAAAGUCAAUGUCUGCUUCCAGUGCUACCGUCGCUGCCGUCGAGAAGCAGCCAGCGACAUUGUCAGAUGAUCCGGAGAAGCAGGCUGAACUUGCGCCAUCCGGUGGCGCAGCUGGUAUGUCGGAUAUCAAGCUGUCGCUGCUGGAUGUCAACCCAGCCCAACCGUUGUGGCUUGUUCUCAAGCGACCCAACAACUUUGUCACGCUUUUCGCGUCUGGGCUUAUGUUCGCAUACAAUUUCUCGGUGGUCUUCACCGCUUCUCGGACGCUGAGCUCAGCAUAUGGAUACAACGCACUCAAAGUCGGCUUGGUUCUGCUCUCGUUUGGAUUGGGGAAUCUCGCUGGCAGUGUUCUCGGCGGCAAAUGGUCCGAUAUCAUUCUGGCCAAGCUCAAAGCAGCAAAUGGUGGCAAGAGCGAUCCGGAAAUGCGACUAGAGAGCACAAAGCUCGGUCUGAUAUUGCUGCCGCCUUCUGUUGUGGCAUUCGGAUGGGUGUCUGCCAAACACGUCCACGUGUCUGCCAUGUGCGUGUUCCUGUUCCUGUCUGGCGCGUUCGGCAUCUGGGCCUACACGUCAACUCUCGCCUACAUCGUCGACGCCAACAACGGCCGUUCUUCGACUGCAGUGGCGACGAACAGCGCAUUCCGGGGCGUAUUCGCCUUCGUGGCCAUCGAGGUAGCAGUGCCACUGCAAGAUUCUAUUGGGGAUGGUUGGUUGUACACCAUAUGGACUGCGAUUCUGAUCAUAGUCGGAUUGCAGAUAUGGUUAGUCAAGCUCAAAGGUUCAGCGUGGAGAGCAAAAGCAGAGACUGCGGAGUAUCUCAGGGGCCGCGACGACAACAGCUAGUUUGGAUCCGAUAGAGCAUUAGAUUUAUGUACUAGAGAAUGGCUGUCAGCCCACUCAUAAUCAUCUGCGAGUGAAAUUCAUCAGUGCGCUCCACUCG